AUGUUAAUUCAUUCAUUCGCUUAUUUACGUCUCAUUCUCGUCAUUUUACUAACUGAAAAUUCAUCGAUCAUCUUUGGUCGUCAAGUAUUUCUGAAAGGUGAUAUAAUACUGGGAGGUCUCUUCCCUGUACAUGAAGCGGGUUUCAAUGGUUCUGAGUGUGGUGUUCUGAAAGCAGCGCAAGGUGUACAACGACUUCAAGCAAUGCUCUAUGCAUUAGAUUUGGUUAAUAAUGAUGAGACAAUUUUACCGGGCAUUUUGCUUGGUGCUCAGAUUCUUGAUACAUGCUCAGUUGAUUCGUAUGCAUUGGAACAAACUUUGGUAUUCAUCAAAACGAUAAUGUCGCAAGCGGAAGAGAUUUAUUGCUCCGAUGGUUCUAAACCCAUCUACCAGCAUCAUCCAGUUGCAGCUGUUAUUGGUGCUGCUAGCAGUCAAGUUUCUGUUAUGGUGGCAUCUAUGCUACAGCUAUUCAAAGUGCCUCAAAUAAGUUAUUCCUCGACAGGCACUGAGCUUAGCGAGAAACCGAGAUUUGCUUAUUUCUCACGUGUGGUACCACCAGACAAUUUUCAAGCCACUGCUAUGGCACACGUAGUCUCGGCACUAGGCUGGACUUACGUGCAUGCGAUUGCUAUAACUGGGGCUUACGGAGAACGAGGGAUCGAUUCUUUUCGUGCUGCAGCUGCAGAACUUGGGAUAUGCAUUGAUGGUGACGUUCAUAAGAUUAAUCGACGGUGGACAGAUAGUCAAUUCAAAGAGCUUUUCUUCAAAAUGAAGUACACAAAGAAAGCACGUGGUGUUGUAAUAUUCGUUGAUGAGGACCAAUUAAGGCGAAUGCUUUCAAGUUUAGAUGAUAUCAGACAUGAGGAUUCAACUUUUGAUAAUUACUUCUGGUGGAUUGCUAGUGAUUCUUGGGGGAUCAAACAGUCUGUUAUAACUGGUUAUGAAGCAAUGACCAGUGGAGCGGUAACAAUCUCACCUGAUCUUAAAGUUGUGCCAGAUUUUGACAGAUAUUUCAAGAAUUUAUGGCCAUCAAAUACAUUUCUUCGUGAGUACUGGGAAUUGAUUAACUGUACGGACGAACACAAUAAUUUCGGAGAGUGUUUUGACAAACAUGGCAUUACCUUUAAGCAAGAAGCUUACGUACCAUUUGUUAUCGAUGCAGUAAACGUUGUCGCUAGAGCACUUCAUCAAUACAUACAGACGACCUGUUCAUCACUGAACUUCCACAACUGCAAUAUUUCUAAAACCGAUUUCGAUGGAGCACGAUUGCAAAGUUAUUAUAGGAACGUUUCAAUUGAACCUGGCGUUCCACCGCAUAUUGACGCAAAUGGUGAUGGGAUUGGCAAUUAUAAUAUUUAUCAAUUAAAUGAUAUGGGCUACUAUCAAAAUGUUGGCAAAUGGACUGCAGGAAAGAAGCUUAAUCUAAAUGUUCGCCGUAUCAGGAAAGGAUUGAAAAGAUGGGAUGGUUCAUUACCGUUAUCAGUAUGCAGCACAGAUUGUCCACGAGGACACUACCGUGCUUAUCAGGAUCAGAAUUGUUGUUGGACUUGCAUACCAUGCGAUGUAUGUUUCCAGUGUCCAUUAGGUUAUGCACCUAAUGACGAUUUGGUUGCAUGCAAACUAAUACCACCAACAACAUUGGAAUAUAAUAGCCCAUGGGUAGUGCUACCAGCCAUAUGUUCUACACUUGGCAUAGUAGCAACACUUUUCGUUUUUGCAGUAUUUAUUCGAUAUAGCAGUACACCUGUUAUAAUGGCAUCUGGUCGUGAAUUGUGCUACUUCAUGUUAGCUGGAAUUUUAUUGUGCUACCUGGCAACUUUCAUCCUUGUAUCUAAGCCAAACAUUGCAAUAUGUGCAGCAUCACGAAUUCUCAUUGGCUUAUCAAUGUCUACCAUUUAUGCUGCAAUUUUAACCAAAACAAAUCUUUUAGCAAGAAUAUUUUUGAUGCAAAGUGUAGGACGUCUUGAUUGCAUUGUACCCAGUGCGCAGAUAGCAAUAUGUUGCGGUAUUGUAUCGAUACAACUGAUCGGUUCUUUAGUAUGGUUGAUUAUUGAUCCACCAGGUACCGCUAUAUUAUUUCCGUCACGGAAAGAAACAGUUUUAACCUGUAAAGCUAGAGCUUCUCAUUUGCUGAUUUCAUUACUGUACAAUAUGCUUCUGAUCAUCGCUUGUACAUUGUAUGCCUUUAAAACACGAAAAAUUCCUGAAAAUUUCAAUGAAACACGAUUAAUUGGCUUCACAAUGUACAGUACGAGUAUCUUAUGGCUUUCCUUUGGACCAAUUUACUUCGCAACACAAAAUAAUUUCAAGUGUGAGGUGGUUCUUGUACCCGAAACAAUGUUUCAUUCCGCAAGCUCAAGUAUCUGUAAAAAUCCACCGGGUCGUAAGGUGAAAUUUUCCUGGAGAGGAGAUUCGUCAUGUCAGGCUGUCUUAUGUGUCACACCAUCUGACACUUUAGCGCUGGUUUUAUCCCAUGACGUAGUGGUCGAAAUAACACUCAACAAACAUAUCCGUAUUUGUCGCAUUGGUGGUGUUGCGGCUACUAUUUGCAGUGGUGGACGAGUGGCUGCUGUACAUCAUCCAUCCGUUGAAAUUGUCCAACAAGAAACACAGGUGUUGUUCGAUAUGGUACAGGGUCCACGGGUUCGGGCUAACAGUGAUACUGUUCACGUGUUUGAUGUGAAGGGAACAGAUCCACCGACACGAGUGCAUUCUAUAACGAAACAGGAAGUGUUAAUUCAUGAAAAUGUCACCGUAGCAAAGGACAAAUUUUGUUUACGUCGCGAUAUCGACGCUACAGUUGCGCUAUUUCUGGACGAUGACGGUGGUAGUGACGUAUUUGGGAUCUAUGAAGAUAAGCAUGAGCGAUGCAUGCUGGCAGCACGACAAGCAAAUGUAGAUCAGAAGGGUAAUCAGCUGAACGCAAUCGUUCAAGGGGUUAAAGUGAAGCAUGAUAUGGACAAUGGCGAUACGAGGAUUUACUGUGGACGCAAUUUCAUCUCACUAUGUGUAUCUACGCAUGCUUUAACGUUGCAUUCCCCGUGGAUCGAUAUUAAUGUUGACCGCUGGUCACGCACGCGUCUACGUCGAGGUGAACAAAUUAUUGAAACGAGUAAAAAUCAAUUAAGAAUCAGUCAAAACACAACGCAUGCAGAUUUCACAUUAAGUUCUUCUGAAACCGCUGAUGAAUCGUUGUCAAAUGAAGCGAAAGAUGGCAACCUUUAA